CUUUAAACAUAUUGAUUGUAGAAGGAUCUCUAACUCAUCCGAUGGGUGGAUGAAACUCGGAGGUUUGAAUUCAAGUAAACUUCUCUUCAAUGAAGAGGUCAUCAUCUUAGAUUUCUGACACCGUUCUGCAAAACUAGAUUGUUUGUGAUUUCCAACAUGGAUGAUGGCCAUGCAUAUGCCCCUGCACUAGAAGAAGACAUCAAUACAAACCACGCACCCUCUUCGGAACCCGAAACAAUCUUUAACAAAUGGUCUCCUCCAAGUUACUUAUGGAGAGGAUUAUCUGUUCUUGUCCUUGCCGGACAGGUUAUUAUUCGGAUUCUGAAGGGUAAAGUCCACUGGAGGAAUGCCCUCCAACAACUGGAGAGAGUUGGACCUAAAUCAGUCAGGGUUUGUCUUCUAACCGCGGCAUUCGUUGGCAUGGCCUUCACUAUUCAAUUUGUUAGAGAAUUUACCCGAUUGGGUUUGAACCGAUCAGUUGGUGGUGUCUUGUCCUUAGCAUUCUCGAGGGAACUAAGUCAUGUGGUAACAUUUAUCGGGCGUAUUGGAAGUGUAUUUGCUGCAGAACUAGGAACAAUGCAGGUCUCUGAGCAAACAGAAACACUGAGAGUUCUUGGAUCAAACCCUGUUGAUUAUUUGGUAACACCUAGAGUUAUUGCUUCCUCUUUAGCUUUACCUUUCUUGACUCUGAUGUGUUUCACAGUAGGGAUGGCAUCAAGUGCCAUACUGGCCGAUAGUGUUUAUGGGAUUUGCAUUAAUAUAAUCUUAGAUUCGGCUCAAAGGGCUCUUCGAGCAUGGGAUAUAAUUAGUGCAAUGAUUAAGUCUCAGCUUUUUGGCAUGAUAAUAUCUAUUGUCAGCUGUGCUUGGGGGGUAACCACCAUGGGAGGAGCCAAAGGUGUGGGCGAGUCAACAACAUCAGCUGUGGUUAUUUCUCUUGUUGGUAUUUUCAUGGCUGAUUUCGCACUAUCAUAUUGCUUCUUCCAAGGAGCAGGAAAUUCAUUGAAGGACUGUGUAUAACCAGGCCGGCCUCUUUGUCAGCAUCA